UUGCAUACAGAAAUGUUUAUAUUGCUUUCAUGUGAUAUAUGACCCACUGCUACAAAUCCUCCAGCUGGCAGCUCAGUGAGGUCUCUUUACAGCACAUGACAUUAACGGAGACGGCUCAGCUGCUUUGCUUUAGUUAUUAGCCAAAGUGCUAAUCUUAUACACUCAAGGUCUUCCUGUCUGAGUGGAAAAAUACAGCAGGGAAGUGGCAUUAGAUCGGAUCUUUGUCACAGCCAAACCUUUUUUUUUUUCUAAUGCCACACAGCGUAACGUGCAGACCAAUCCGGCAAUAAUUGGGUCAGAGGAGCUAAAGCAAACCACGGUUACUUUGUUUCUCACUUUGGCUCUGUUCAUGACAUGUCUGCUGUGUAGAGCUCUUGCAGUGUAACCUGCUGAAAGGAAUACUGAUCAGUUUUCUGGGGCUGGAAAGGGGCUCUUGGGGGCGGGAGUUUGGUGAUGGAGAGCAUGCCGAGGGAAUUUCUUAAAGGAAACAGCCUGGAGGCACCCGGGCAAGAAAAAGGUCUCAUGAAGAAGACUCAGUUGCUGGACCGCGGCCAGUGGGCGAGCAAGUUGGAGUUUCUGCUGGCCGUAGCAGGGACAUUGGUCGGGCUGGGAAACCUUUGGAGGUUCCCCUACUUGUGCUACAAAAAUGGGGGAGGUGCAUUUCUGAUUCCCUACGUCCUGUUUCUGCUUGCUUGUGGCAUCCCGAUGUUCCUCCUGGAAACAGCCAUGGGACAGUUCACAUCUCAGGGAUGUAUCACGUGCUGGAGGCACUUCUGCCCCUUGUUUGAAGGUAUUGGAUAUGCAACCCAGGUAGUGAUUGCAUAUGCUGCUGUGUCAUACAUUGUGAUCCAGGCAUGGGCUUUCUUCUACCUGUUUUCAUCCUUCAGUGCUGAGAUUCCAUGGGCCAGCUGCAGGAACUCCUGGAACACAGAGUCUUGUUUUGAAUUUGAUAAAGCAAAUGCGUCAUCCAACUGGACAGCAGCUGCAAACGCAACAACACCAGCAACAGAAUUCUGGGAGAGAAGAGUACUGGGUAUAUCUCAAGGGAUUGAGGAGAUUGGUAGCCUGAGGUGGGACUUGGCCUUGUGUCUCUUACUGGCAUGGAUCAUUUGUUACUUCUGUGUUUGGAAAGGAGUGAAAUCCACUGGAAAGGUAGUUUACUUUACGGCCACUUUUCCCUACGUGAUGUUGGUGGUUCUGUUAGCUCGUGGACUCACUUUACCAGGAGCCAUAAACGGCUUAGCUUUUUACCUGUAUCCUGACCCCACAAGGUUGGUGGACCCUCAAGUUUGGAUGGACGCAGGUGCACAAGUUCUUUUCUCCUUUGGGAUUUGUCAGGGGAGUUUGACGGCUCUGGGCAGUUACAAUAAGUAUAACAAUGACUGUUACAAAGACACAUUUGUUCUGUGUUUGGUGAACGGCGGAUCCAGUUUUGUUGCAGGGUUUGCAAUCUUUUCUGUUCUGGGGUAUAUGUCCUACGAACAAGGACUGCCAAUAUCAGAAGUGGCAGCUUCUGGACCUGGCUUGGCAUUUAUUGCCUAUCCGCGCGCGGUAGCCAUGAUGCCCUUACCUCAAUUAUGGGCUAUAUGUUUCUUCAUCAUGGUCAUCUUGUUGGGGGCAGAUACACAGUUUGUGAGUUUGGAGUGUUUGAUGACCUCAGUGACCGAUAUGUUCCCCAGUGUGUUUCGAAGAGCUUAUCGUCGAGAAUUGCUGCUGCUCUGCCUCUGCUCCGUUUGCUUUUUUCUCGGCCUCCUCCUCGUCACCGAGGGGGGCUUGUAUUUCCUUCAACUCUUUGAUCAUUAUGUGUGUAGUGGAAACAAUCUUCUCCUUCUUUCUGUGUGUCAGUCGAUAGCGAUUGGAUGGAUAUAUGGUGCUGAUCGUCUUUAUGACAACAUUGAAGACAUGAUAGGUUAUCGUCCCUGGCCUCUGAUGAAGCAUUGUUGGCUUUACGUUACCCCUGCCGUGUGUCUAGGUACUUUUGUCUUUUCAAUUGUGAGAUACAAGCCUCUCAAGUUCAACAAAACCUACGUCUAUCCGACCUGGGCGUACGCGUUGGGCUGGUUUCUUGGACUGUUUUGUGUUCUUCUGGUUCCUCUGUGGAUCAUCUUUAAAGUUACUACAAUGAAAGGGACAAUUUGGCAGAACCUCAGGCAGCUUUGCGUCCCUCAGAGCAGGACGCACAGGAAAGCAAAGCAGCCCGAGCAGUGCCCUUUAAACCCAGACAACACUCUUACUCCUGUUGCCAGUGAAUACAAGGGAAGAGGUGGAGCUGAGAUGGAGAUGCAAGUCUGAGAACCGUAACAUUUUUACGAAUUUUUCAGAUGUGAUGUUUUUAUUUUAUUUUAAACUCAAGGUUUUGUAAAGAAAAUACUGAUAAUACUUCCAGCAGGGUUUAGAGGCAUGUACUACGAAGCAGGUCGAGUUUUGAGAGACCGUGUAGACUAGUGACUAUCGGGGUAACUUUAUUCCCCGCUACAUUUUUUGUCUUGCUAGCAGCAAACAGUUUCAAAUCAUUCCAGUGUUUGGUAGGCUCUUAUUUAGCACCACAGUCCUCAAACAAAAGCACUUGAGCCUUGUAGGUGACUUUCUCGUUAGAUUUACAAACUUUUUGCUUUCCAACAAACACUGCCACAAUUUUAUCUGAUUGAUAGAAUCCACAGUUGUUAUUGUGUUGAGAUGUACUUGUAAUGAUGUGGCAGUAAUAUUGAUAAGCCUAUGAACUUAGGCAGCUGGCAUGUUUUAAGAUGAUUUUUUUUCUAAAUUUUCUUCUGCAUCCAUUCAUGCUGAAUCUGUCUUACACUGCCUGGUCAAAAAAAAGGAAGAAAGAAAAGCAACCACCCAUAUUUAAAUAAGCAAGCUGGUAAGAGGAUGAUGGUGACCCAUCAUGGUGAACAAUCAUCUUGGGAAAAAGGAUGAUGGGUUUUUUCCCCCCACUCUGCCUUACAUCUUUUUUUUAUGAAGCUAAGAGCAUUUCCACAUUGUUAAGACAAUACCAGUUGUGUAACCUUGGGAAAACCACUUAUCAGUGAGGCUAAUUGGAGAAAAAUGCCAAAAUGCAAAACAAAAGAUGAGGUCAGAGUACCUACUGUAAAUGUACUGAAUUACCAACAAUGUGGGGUUUUUUUUCUUUCAUGAUUCCAAGAAGACAAAUUCAGGAUUCAGCAGGCUCAAACUGUGAAAGAGUUGUUUGGGGAACAUGAGAAUCAGCAGACACAAAGUCCAUACAAUACAAGAUCUUAGUGAAAAAUUUGUGCAACUCUUGCUUAAGAUUAUCAAAAUGAUACCGUGGGGAAUUUGUGUCGUCAUCAAACCUUGAAGGUAUUCUAACAAAAUAUUUGAGUGCGCGAUGUGUUUUUUUUUGACUUGGCAGUGUAAAUUUUUUUAAUGGCCUUUUGUUGUUGUUGUUGAAAGUGUUACUUGCUCCCUUUGAAAGAAAUAUAUUAAUAUAAUAUUCUUGUGUUAAAAGUUCCCAUUCGAUAUGAAGGCAACUCAAUACUGAGUCUACUCGCCAACAUCUCAGUUCCUUCGUAGUGUCAUAUACCACAAACACCACUCAAGUUGAGUUUGGGUUUGUUUGUUUUUUUUAAUGACCACAGGGUAAAUUAGUUAAACUACUUCGGCCUCAGGUACAGCCCUCGGGUCUCUGCAAUGUGCACAAUAAGCAAUAAUGUGUCACCGUGAGGCAUAGAGCAAUAACACACUUUUGAAAUAACAAGGUUUGUGAAGUUUGCCAACACUCUUUUCACUAAAGGAUAAAGUAUUACAGCCUGUCACCUUGCUCAAGGAUCAGAAGAUGCCAGUUAUUGCUGUCCACUAAAAUGCACUGUGACCUCAGAUUUUUACACAAUCUGAAAAAACACAAACAAAAAGAUAAAGUUGCAGCUGAUGUGUUCACUGAAUGAAGAAUGAUUUGGAUACAGUGAGCUCAAUAUAUAUUUUAGACACUGACACGGUUUCUGUUAUUUUAGCUGUGUGGGUAGGUAGAUUAUAUUUGUUAUGUACAGUUAUGAAUUUGAUGUAGCUGUGGAUUCGAGAUUUGAUUUGGGGGUUGAACAAAAAUAUUGCUUUAAUCAUUUACAAAUUCUUGCAAUAUUUAUAUACUGUCCGUCAUCUUGAGGGGCUCAGUUGUAAUUGCACUAAAGCUAUUUCAUUGAUGUGUGUGUGCUUUUUCUUUUCUCUCUUUUAAUUCUAUUAAUUCUUCAUACAUCAAGCCGGUAAAUGUUUGAGGGGUGUUCAGAAGGUUUGCAUGCCACCUACAACAUGCACUCAGAGAUGCUACCAGUAAAAAUGAAUGAGUGAUUUUUACAUUGUUAAAAAAUUAAAAAGUCAUUAAAGAGACAGUGAGAACAUUAGAGGGUCAAAUUCAGAGAAAAGCGAUAAAACGCUGGUGAACUCUGCAAAAUAGACCCACACGUCCAUGGAAGAGGAUGGUUUCUGUGGCUGAAGAAGACUAUCCAGGAGCUGGGCGUGUGAUUAUCCUAGUCUAUCAUAAAGAUAAGUGCCUACAAAGUGCAGUGGUUUACACAUUAACUUGGUGAUUGAAAGGUUCCUGUUUUGAAUCCUGCCAGAGACACAAAUCCCUUCAGGGUCUGUCAGGAUGGGCAUCUGGCAUGAAACUUUCCCACAUCAAAUAUCCUGCUGUGGUGAAGCCUUGUCACAAUGGAGCAGCUAAAAGUAGUUUCUUCUGUCAUAAAAAGAAAAUAAAAGGCUGGUUAAAACACAUUCCUUAGCCUCAAGAAAAGAAAGUGUAGAUUAGCUUUUGCCAAAAACCAUCAACAGAUAAAACUGAGCUGGUACUGUACCAGAAGGACAGGAAUAAAAAAAGUAUGGAAAACGUAUGAUCAGAAGAAUAUAACAAUACCUGAAAAACAUGGUGCAAAGCUAUACUUUCUGCACAGGUUCAGUGAAAUGUAGCAAGGCUGGUGGACAAUAACCUGGAGCAAUCACAGGGGUUUUGGAUAAGUAUUCAUCAUGCCGAGCAUGCUUUACACUCGCUCAAGACCAACAAAAAAGUCGGUUGCAGUAAAGCAUAAUAAAGGAGGAUAUCAGUGGUGAUAUCAGUGGGUUCAGGCAACCAUUUACUGCAGGAAUUCUCAAUGAAGUAUUAAAAAUAAGCACUUUAUUUAUUAUUUAUCAUCUUCAAUUAGAUUUCAUUUCUUGAUAACAGUGGAUGCAUAAAAUGGCUCUUUAUCGGGAGUUAACGCUAUGUUUUUGUCCAUCCCCUUAAAUUAAAGUUAAGAAUCUGUAAGUCUGGGUUUAUCAUGUUAAUGUCUUUAAUAUGAUUUAACAAUCAACUGAAAUAACAUCAAAUUAUGUCAGUGUCCAAAAAUAUUUGCAUCUAACUAUAAAAAUAUUCUUAUUAUCUGUCUCUAGUGGCAAUCCACGUCUUAUUUUUUAUAUUAUUUACAUUAUUUAUGUACAUUUGUUUUUAUAUUAACCUGUAAUAAUUUGUUACUGGUUAUUACAAGUUUGUUAUUUGUUAUUACCUAUAAUUUGUUAUUAAUUUGUUAUUACGUGUCUAAGUGUGCUUCCGAGCAACAAAUUACUUCUACAUUUUGGUUUGUUGUAUAUCAGCUUGUUCCCACAACACUCUGUAUUUGUGGAAUAUGUACAAUCACCAUGCAGUUUAUUUGAUGGAAACAUUUUUGUAGCCUUUUAAUUGCAUGUACUUAACAUCAAUACUUUUCUAACAUGGCACAGUUAUGUUUUGAGUGGCGAGCUACUUUGAUAUAGUAGCUUCCUGUCCUGAUGUUCUGACAUACUGUGAGAAAAACAAUUUUGGUGGACUCUGGCAUAUUCUUAUGCUAGUGUUCCAUUAUUAAGACUGAUUUAACUUAUUGCAUAUUUAAAAUAAAUUUCCCUCCCUAAUUGUAAA